CCUUAUGUUUAGGCAGUAGGGACGUAUCCGCUCGGGUCUGGAUCGGAGUUGACAUACACACACAGGCCGGACCCAGCGUGCAUGAGUGGAGCUAAAAGCAGGCUGUCCCUUGCCCCAAAGAGUCUACAUGUCUAGCUUUUAGACAUGUUCAGCUUUGUGGAUAUUCGGUUAGGGCUGCUGCUCGCAGCCACAGCCCUUCUGGUCAGAGGACAAGGCGAGGAGGAUACCCUGUUCGGUAGCUGUACGCUAGAAGGCCAAUCCUACAACGACAAGGAUGUAUGGAAACCUGAGCCAUGCCGGAUUUGUGUCUGCGACAGUGGAACGGUUCUGUGCGACGAGGUGAUCUGCGAGGACACAACCGACUGCGCCGAUCCAAUCAUUCCCGAUGGAGAAUGCUGCCCUAUUUGCCCCGAGGACGGACAGGGCCCAGAAAUUGACCCUCAGGGUCCUGGAAUCCCUGGCGAUCCUGGUCCCAAGGGUGACCCGGGUCCUGAAGGGCCUCCUGGUAGUGAUGGCAUUCCCGGAGAACCCGGACUUCCCGGCCCUCCCGGCCCCCCUGGACCCCCUGGUCUCGGCGGAGGUUUCCUGCCCCAGAUCUCUUAUGGCGGUGAGAAGUCCAGUGGCCCAGCUGUCCCAGGACCAGCAGGCCCAAUGGGUCCCCGUGGACCUCCUGGAUCUGCAGGUUCUCCUGGCCCUCAAGGAUUCACUGGCCCCCCUGGCGAGCCUGGUGAGCCUGGUGCCUCUGGUCCCAUGGGUGCUCGUGGCCCCCCUGGUCCUCCAGGAAAGAACGGAGAUGAUGGUGAGGCUGGCAAAGCUGGUCGCCCUGGUGAGCGUGGAGCCGCUGGUCCUCAGGGAGCUCGUGGAUUCCCCGGAACCCCUGGACUGCCCGGGAUCAAGGGACACAGAGGUUUCUCUGGUCUAGAUGGAGCCAAGGGUGAUGCUGGACCUGCUGGCCCUAAGGGAGAGACUGGUGUAUCUGGUGAGAAUGGCGUUCCUGGAGCUAUGGGCCCUCGCGGUCUGCCUGGUGAGAGAGGACGCCCUGGACCUUCUGGCCCUGCUGGCGCUCGUGGUAACGAUGGCAACUCCGGACCUGCUGGACCUCACGGACCCACUGGCCCUGCUGGUCCUCCUGGAUUCCCUGGUGGUGCUGGAGCUAAGGGAGAGACUGGCCCCGCUGGAGGCCGUGGCUCAGAGGGACCUCAGGGAGCCCGUGGAGAGCCUGGUAACCCCGGACCUGCUGGAGCUGCCGGCCCUGCUGGUGCACCUGGUGCUGAUGGUUCUGCUGGAGCCAAGGGAUCUCCUGGUCCUGCUGGUAUUGCUGGUGCUCCCGGUUUCCCUGGUGCUCGUGGACCUGCCGGAGCUACUGGACCUGGAGGCGCCCCUGGACCCAAGGGUAACACUGGUGAUGCUGGACCCCAAGGAGCCAGAGGAGAGCCCGGUCCUAAGGGAGAGCCUGGCCCUGCUGGACCUCAGGGUCUUGCUGGACCUUCUGGUGAGGAGGGUAAGAGAGGUGCUCGUGGUGAGCCUGGCGGUGCUGGACCUGUUGGACCUCCUGGAGCUCGUGGUGCCCCUGGCAACCGUGGUUUCCCUGGUACCGAUGGUGCUCCAGGCCCCAAGGGUGCCCCUGGUGAGCGCGGAGCCAACGGACCUGCUGGAGCUCAGGGAGCCUCUGGAGAGCCCGGUCGCCCUGGAGAGCCUGGAUUGCCCGGAUCUAAGGGUAUGACUGGUGCCCCUGGUUCUCCUGGACCUGAUGGCAAAGCUGGACCUGCUGGUGCUACUGGUCAGGAUGGCCCUGCUGGAUCUGCAGGUCCUGCCGGAGCUCGUGGUGCACCCGGAGUGAUGGGAUUCCCCGGACCUAAGGGAGCUGAUGGUGAGGGUGGUAAGCCUGGUGAGAGAGGCGUGGCUGGACCUACUGGCGCUGUUGGUGCCCCCGGUAAAGACGGUGAUGUCGGCGCUCCUGGUGCUCCUGGACCUGCUGGACCUACUGGAGAGAAGGGUGAGCAGGGAUCUGCCGGACCAUCCGGAUUCCAGGGUCUGCCUGGACCUCAGGGUGCUACUGGUGAGGCUGGCAAGCCUGGUGAUCAGGGUCUGCCUGGUGAGGGUGGUCCUCUUGGAGCUCCUGGAUCCAGAGGUGAUAGAGGUCUCCCCGGUGAGCGUGGUGCCCCAGGCCCAGCUGGACCUUCUGGCCCUCGUGGUUCUCCUGGACCUGCUGGUAAUGAUGGUGCUAGGGGAGAUGCUGGUGCUGCCGGAGCUCCUGGUGCUGUGGGUCCUGGUGGUAUGCAGGGAAUGCCCGGAGAGCGUGGUGCUUCUGGACUGCCAGGAGCAAGAGGAGACAGAGGUGAUGGUGGACCUAAAGGCCCUGAUGGUGCUCCUGGUAAGGAUGGUGUCCGUGGUCCUGCUGGCCCUAUCGGAGCCUCUGGACCCUCUGGUGCUCCUGGUGACAAGGGAGAGCCUGGUGCCCCUGGACCUUCAGGAAUUACUGGAUCUCGUGGUUCCCCUGGCGAGCGUGGUGAGGUUGGUCCUCCUGGACCUGCUGGAUUUGCUGGACCUCCUGGUGCAGCUGGUCAGCCUGGAGCUAAGGGUGAGACCGGAGAUUCUGGACCCAAGGGUGAUGCUGGUGCUCCUGGACCUGCUGGACCUGUUGGUGCUUCUGGACCUCAGGGACCUGCUGGUGCUACUGGACCUAAAGGUGCUCGUGGUGGUGCUGGACCUCCUGGUGCUGCUGGUUUCCCUGGUGCUGCUGGUAGAGUUGGACCUCCCGGCCCUUCAGGUACUUCUGGACCUCCUGGUCCCACUGGACCCACUGGCAAAGAGGGACAAAGAGGAGCUCGUGGAGAGAAGGGAGUGCCUGGACGUCCCGGUGAGGUCGGAGCUGCUGGACCCCCUGGACCCCCUGGAGAGAAAGGUUCAACUGGUCCAGAUGGUGCCCCUGGCCCUGCUGGUAUUUCUGGACCUUCUGGUGUGACUGGAGCUAAUGGUAUGGUGGGUAUGCCUGGACAGAGAGGAGAGAGAGGAGGCCCAGGUCUUCAAGGACCAUCUGGAGAGCCAGGAAAGCAGGGACCUUCUGGCCCUGUUGGUGAGCGUGGACCUCCUGGCCCAUUGGGACCCCCUGGUCUGAGUGGAGCCCCUGGUGAGGCCGGUCGUGAGGGUAGCCCUGGUCACGAUGGUGCACCUGGUCGCGAUGGCGCUCCUGGACCCAAGGGAGACCGUGGUGAGGCUGGACAUGCUGGAGCUCCUGGAGCCCCUGGACCCCCUGGACCUCCUGGCCCCUUUGGUCCAUCUGGAAAGACUGGAGAUCGUGGAGAGGCUGGUCCCGCUGGUGUUGCUGGUCCCGCUGGUCCUGCUGGCGCUCGUGGUGCUCUUGGCCCUGCUGGUCCUCGUGGAGACAAGGGUGAGGCUGGAGAGACUGGAGAGAGAGGCAUGAAGGGACACCGCGGACUCAGUGGCAUGCCUGGACUGCCCGGACCUCCUGGCCCCCCUGGUGAGCACGGACCUGCUGGACCCACCGGCCUCGCUGGACCUCGUGGACCUUCUGGCUCCAAUGGCCCCCCUGGUAAAGAUGGUGUGAGCGGUCUGCCUGGACCUGUUGGACCUCCUGGACCUCGUGGUCGUGCUGGAGAGAUGGGACCUGCUGGUUCUCCUGGUGUUCCUGGACCUCCUGGACCUCCCGGACCUCCUGGUGUCGGUGAGCCAUUCCCCCUUGUCCCUCAGCAGGAGAAGGCACCCGACCACAUGCGUGGUGGCUACAGAGCCGAUGACGCCAGCGUGCGUGACCGUGAUGCCGAGGUGGACACCACCCUCAAGUCCCUCAGCCAGAAGAUCGAGAACAUCCGCAGCCCCGAGGGAACCCAGAAGAACCCAGCCCGCAUGUGCCGCGACCUCAGGAUGUGCCACCCCGAGUGGAAGAGCGGCUCCUACUACGUGGACCCCAACCAGGGCUCUCCUCUGGACGCCAUCAAGGUCUUCUGCAACAUGGAGACUGGUGAGACCUGCCUCUACCCAUCCCAUGGCAGCGUUCCUCAGAAGAACUGGUACCUGAGCAAGAACGCCCGCGAGAAGAAGCACAUCUGGUUCGGAGAGUCCAUGCCUGAGGGCUUCCAGUUCCAGUAUGGCAGCGAGGGCUCUGAUCCCGAGGACGUGAACAUCCAGAUGACCUUCAUGCGCCUGAUGUCCAACCAAGCCUCUCAGAACGUCACCUACCACUGCAAGAACAGCAUCGCCUACAUGGACCAGGCCUCCGGCAACCUGAAGAAGGCUCUGCUCCUGCAGGGCUCCAACGACGUGGAGAUCAGGGCCGAGGGCAACAGCCGCUCCACAUACACAGUCAGCGAGGAUGGCUGCACGUCACACACUGGCACUUGGGGCAAGACAGUCAUCAGCUACCAGACAGCGAAAACAUCUCGUCUUCCCAUCAUUGACAUCGCUCCUAUGGACAUUGGUGCUCCCGAUCAGGAAUUCGGCGUAGAAGUUGGCCCAGUCUGCUUCUUGUAAAAAAAAAAAAGAGAAAUCUGGACAUUAAAAAUGUUGUUUUAUUUCUAAAGGUCAUCUCCGAGUCUUUUUCUAUGCAUUAAAUCCCCCAAAAAACUCAUUCGGCUGCAAUCAGUCCACAUGCUUACACUUGCAUCCGUGAGGACGGUGCUUGCUUGUGAUCUCGAGAGACAUUCUGCUUUUUUUUGAGAAAUGUUUUUUUUUUCUGAGGACCACUAUGCCAACCAGCGUCAACAUCAUGGACACUUUAGGGAGAAUCUUUUGGCAACAAGAAAAUAAUAUAUGUGCUUGUAAAGUGUAAAAUCGCACCCCCCUCCUCAAAAAUGAGAACGCAACCCAAAAGGUAACAACGAUACAGGUGAAUUUUUUGCCUUUUUUUACCACUGCAGAAGGACAAUGACAAAAACUACGCUAAGUGCUAAUGUACCAUUCUCUGGUGUUGAAUAAAUCUGAAAAACGACAGUCAAGUGUCUUGUUUUUUAGCCAAAAGGGGAAAAGAAAUGUCACCAUCCGACCCCAUCCAACCCCAUCGUGCCACACAGGCUACAGAAACAAGGGAAAAACUUGUAAUGGCUACCUCAGAACAACCAAAGAUCACCCAAAUUACCUGAGGGUUUUGGGGGGGGGCACUUACUAUGCCACAAGUACUGGCUAACCAGCUGAUAACUAGUUAACUAAAACACAAGUAACAGAAAAAGGUGCUACUUUCCUCUGCAGGUCCUGUCUGUGGUGUAUAUUGUGUUUGACAAAACUCCUCUUGCUCAUUUUAUAUUUUUUUGCUGUCACUUGUGCUUUCGGGACCUGUUUUGGUGCUAAAUGUCAACACAAUGUCUUGUCAAUGUUUUUCCUCCCAUUAAAGUGUCGGCUGAAGGAAACAAAAAAAGGCUGAAUGCGACGUUUACUAAAGAUUUGCACUUAAUCUGACGUGAGUUAAGUAAGUGGACAGAUUGCUGGUUCUUUUUUACAACCCCACCACCCCACCCCCCCAACCCCCAGCCCCCAUAGUCUUUAUUUGUGUCUGCACACGGACCCCCCAACUAUUUCAUUCCUUCCACUCGAACCACAGUGCACACCUCCUUUCAUUUUUCCUUUUAUUUUAUUUUUUGUUUUGUUUUCAUGUGUUUCUAAUAAAAGGUUUCUAAGAAAAAAAAAUGAAAUGAGGCGUCACAAAGAGAGACAAAAAAAACCAAAACCAAACCACAAACAAGACACUUUAAUGGUUCCAACGAGAGGAUCUGUACUUAUUUUGUACAUGUAUAAUAUUUCAAGAUGUUUUUAAUUAUUUUGGAUGCUGAAAUAAAGCAUGUUUUAAGUGGUCA